UCACCGCCAGUAAUAUUUGGGGAGGGAGAGAGCACGGUGCCCAGUUUUCCAAUUAACGCGAUCACGGUUACGAUCUCCCACCGCCGCCGCCGAGAAACCGUCCCCGACCCUUUCGCCGCGCCCGAUCGCCAUGACGAUCUCCUCCUCCCUCGCCUCCCGCCUCGGCCCCGCGCGGUGGAGCCCCUACGCCCGGCCCCGCCCCUCCGAUCCCGCCCGCGCGGGGGCGGGGAGCUCCGUCCCUCCCCACUCCCGCCCUCCCCUCCGCCUCGCUGCCGCCACCUCGAGGCGGAAGGAGGCCGCAGCCGCAGCACCGUACGGGUCGAGGUGCCCCCGGGAGGCCGCGGCCGCGCCCGAUGGUGACGCCGGCACGAAGGCACCACAGCGGCGUGGACGCGAGAAGCCGACGACGAAGACGGAGACGAGACCGGAUCGUAAGCCGCCGGCGGAGAGAGGGGAGGAGGAGCCGCCCGUCCGGGAGAGCAGCGGCGGUGGCGGAUUCGCCUUCCUCCGUGACCUCGCUGGCCACACGGAGGCUAUCAGUGGGAUCUCUCUGCCGGUGGGUUCGGACAAGCUUUACUCCGGCAGCGCCGAUGGCUCCGUCCGCGUCUGGGACUGCAACUCCGGCGAGGUAGCUGGGCUCUCCGCUCUCGGCACUCCCUUCAGGCUCUCUUUACGCACAAUUCAAGCUGAGUAAUUCAAGUUGGGGGUUGCAUCUGCGUCCGAUUCCUGCGUUGCUUGUGCCGGACUGGCGUGCUUACUUAGAUCAAUUGGGGAUCAGUUUGGGAGUUGGUUUGAUCGCUUCUGGUGGCUGAUGUGUUGGAGGUAUCAAAUUGGUUUUUGUUCCCACGGCUGGGUGGUUAUUGGCACGCUGGACUGAUUGUUCCGGAAGUCUGCUUCCCUACUUGUGGUGAUAUGCCGGCACGCUGGACUGAUUGUUCCGGGAGUCUGUUUGUGGUGAUAUGCUUGUCCUGGGUCAGUUUGUGAGGCAAUCAGGCUGGUUGGCUGAUAAGCAAGGGGCUCUCUGGAUUACAUUACAGUUUUUGUCUCACUGGCUGAUGAUCAUACAGUUAUGUAAAACAAAAGUAGUAGUGAAAAAAAAGAAAGAAAUAUGGUCAUGUAAAAAAAAGCAGUAGUGCUAAAAAGAAAAAAAAAGAGGGAUGAAUUAUAUUUUGUUGGAAAGAGAAGACCGAAGGAGGAAAAAAUAGUUAUCUGGCAGAUAAAAAAGUUCUAAUAUUGAUCACAUUACAUUGUUUUCUUAAUGUUUCUGCGAUAGUGUGUUGAUGUCAUCAAGAUGGGAGGCAAGAUUGGCUGCAUGAUUACCCAUGGCCCAUGGGUAUUUUUUGGAAUCACAAAGUCUGUGGAGGCGUGGAACACACAGACAGGUACGAAAUCCAGUCUCCAAGGACCUUCUGGUCUGGUUUGUUCCAUGACUAUCAAGGAUGGGAUGCUGUUUGCUGGUACCGGGGAUGGUCGCAUCAUGGCUUGGAAAUUUCCUGCUGAUAAGAGUGACUUUGGACCAGUAGCAAUCCUUAGUGGCCAUGAGCGUCCUGUGAUUUCACUAUGUGUCUCAACGACAAAGCUUUACUCUGGCUCACUUGACAAGACCAUCAAAGUAUGGGACCUUAAAACUCUGCAGUGUGUCCAAACACUUUCCAAGCACAAAGCUGCUGUAACAUCCGUGCUUUGCUGGGAUGAAAAGUUAUUAUCUUGCUCUCUGGACAAGACCGUUAAGAUCUGGGCUUCUUCAAAGUCUGGAGAGCUUCAAGUGAUAUAUACCCAUGCUGAGGAUCAAGGAUUACGCACGCUCUUCGGCAUGCACCGUGUUGGGAAGACACCAGUUCUGUUCUGCUCUCUCCACAACAGCAAUUGCAUACGUCUGUUCGACCUGCCAUCGUUCGACGAGAUGGGCAAGCUUUUCUCCAAGAAGGGAGUGAGGACCAUCGAGCUCGCAGCCGGUGGCCUCCUCUUCACCGGAGACGGCGCCGGCGAGCUCAAGGUGUGGAGGUGGGCGCCCCAGGAGGAGCCUGCAAUCCCGGCGCCCGUGAAAUCGUCAGUGUAGCAGCACUGUAGCGUCGUUGUCCAAAAAAGAAAAAGAAAACGAAAGAAAGAGUAGCUGCUCCUACCAGUUGUCAUGAGCUACAACAUCACCAAAUCCAUGUAAUUUAUGAACAUUCUGAUGUAAAUAUUUGCCCAAUUGUGAGGCCUUAUAAGUAAUCAUGUGUUCCAUGUUCCCAUGCACUAUCUCCAUAACGGCUACUUGAGUUGCGUGCCAUGCGAAGCAUCUAUGCAAAUAUCCA